AUGGUUGUGUUCCUACAUAACGCAGCUGACGAGGCCAACAGGGAACUUGAGGAACUAUAUGGUGGCAUUGUCUCCAAGGAAGAGCUGGCUAGGCUAGACUCGCAGCCGAAUCCUUUCAACUUCAGUGAAAGAGUGUCCCAAACUACCAGACUAAAUAUUAAGAAUCUGGCCAUGCAGACGGAGCCACCACCCAGCACUGCAUUUUCAGUAAAUGUAAGCCUCGGAGAAAUAUUUGAUGCCUACAUCAAAGACUACGAAAAGAUAUUAGAAAAGGAAAAAGAACGCGAGAAGGAGAAGGAAAAAGAAAGAGAAAGGGAAAGAGAAAGAGACAGAGAAAGAGGAGCACUCAAAGGGAAACAGUCUCCCCGUGUGGCGCCCGAACCUCUUCCUCCGCCUGCUCUCCGCACACACAGCUAUGGGGAUGAGUCCCUGGACCUGCCUGGCAUCAGGAGGACUGUCAUGGUGUUAGAAAGAAUGGUCAACCAAAACAUAUACGAUGACAUAACACAAGAAUUAAUGGUAGCACAUUUAAGACUUGCCUAUUCUCAUAUUUUGAAACCUGAUGUUAUUGCUGAUUAA